CCUCUUCUUUAAUGUGUUUGUGGAAAUGUUCUUUCUUUCAUUCGUUCUCCCAUCCAUUUUCUGGUCUUUUGUGUUUUAUUUGCAUUUAUUCUUCUGUUGCAAAAAAGCGUUUUGAUCUCUCAAAAGACAAAAAUGAAUUUUAGACAUUGCACCUUGGUUCCCCCAAAUGUUUUGUGUGAAAAAUGUUUGAGUCCAAUAUUAGAGAACAUAAAUAUUUUAAUGGUGACUGCACUAAAAAGGAUAAAGAUACUGUACGUAAUCUGAAAUUGUGUUCAAAUUAAAAUGAAGUUAAAAGACAAAUAGUGACUAAAUAGUUACAAGUGAAAGAUGUAGUCUCACCCGUUAAUAAAUACGAAUGUCAGAAUUGUUGACUAGUAGUGUAUCUUGAAAUCUCUUAUCAUAUUAUCAUAAGUCAGUAACUGUUUUGUUGCUCGGAAAUGGUUCCUGUAAUUUUACAUAUUUUGGGGGAAUUUUAAAUGCAGAAGAGCAAAAGUAAGGGAAUGUUUAUUCUGGCCACGUCUUGGUGCACGUUCAGAUACGUGGCUGAUAAAUCGUAGUAGGGCUGGGCGACACGGCCUAAAAUCAAUAUCACAGUGUAUUGAGGAGUUAGCCUUGAUAACAUUAAACGGACGAUAACUACAUGUAUGCGCAAAAACAAAAGUUGUCCACUAGAUGGGGCUGGUACAUGAAUUACUUUGAGUCAAGCCGACAUGUGACUCGAGGUGGUUCAGCUUUUUAUAGGGACAUGAUUGUCGCCAACCCACACACAGCUUUCCAUCUCCCACAUGAGAAAUGAUAUCAGAGUUUUCAAUUACGAUAAUUUCGAUAAUGCUAAGUGCUCGAUUUAUUGCCUAGUCCUAGAUCGUAGGCACAUUUUCAAAUUGUGCUCCAAGGUUUUCAAGGUCUACAUCCAGACUUUACUGUGGGAUUCCUCCUAAUUAAUCAUCACCUGAUGAUGUUUCUUCCAACUCCAAACUAUCUUUGCUUCUGACACCAAACCAGGUAAGAAUUUUCAUGAAAAAAAUUUGUGACAAAGAAUGAUUUAUUUUUGAAAUAUGAUAACAGUAAUUGGUGGUUUUUGAUCUAGCACAACCUGCAGUUAUUUAAAAGAUAGAUUUUAAGGUUAGUUUUUUUAACUUGUGUUUACAGGACCAAAAAUGUUUUACUUCAAUCCUGAAUUGAAAUGGAUGGUUUACGGGAUCUUUGAGAGGUUUUAGAUGACUGUCUUUGGCUUGAUGAUCAUUAUGUUUUCCCUUAGCUACUAGGCACUGAUAGCCAUUCCAGUUUAGGUGCUUAAUCUUAUCAGUCUGCUAUACUAGUCUUUUACGUACGUAUCAGUUCAGCACUCAUUUUCACCAAGUUGUUUUAUGAAGGAAUUGGGUUAUGAAAGAGUGCUAUUGCUGUAUUUACAUGUGUAACUUAAAAUGUUUACCUUAUUUAUGGUAUAGCCAAGCCAUGUUUUCAUGGCACAUUUUAGUUUAGUCCAAUGUUGGCAUCUCCAGCAAGGAAAGGAUUCCAAUUAUUCUUCAUUUGCAAAUAUUCAAUGAAUGCCUGUGUUUACUUUUUGAACAUUGUGUAAUUAAACUUUUAUGGUAUGUUUAUUAUAUAUAUAUAUAUAUAUUUAUAUGUAUGUGUAGAUAUAUAUAUAUUUAUAUAUACAUAUGUAUUUAUAUAUAUGUAUAUAUAUACAUAUAUAUGUAUUGGCCUUAAAGUGAAAUAUCAGUAAAUAUCAAUGUUGUGCUUUACUCCUUUAGUGGCCCAACUUUUACAUACCAUGAACAAAUUAUACAUCAAACUCUUUGACUUCAUCUCUUCUCUCUCAAAAUAUGACAGAUCUGAGGUUUAGUUUUUGAGAUGUUUUAGUUUAAUUUUGCACAACUCGUGAAUGAUUAGGAAUUUGCCCUAUAUAUAGAAUCUGCUUUCAUUAGAGCAGGUUGCCGUGUGUAGCUAGUGGCUAGCAAACAGCUAAAACAAGCACAAGUAUCUUCACCCAAGACUUGCUUUUCUUUAAUGAAGAUCUUUCAAAAUUUUUAUCACUGUAACUACAAUAAACAGAAACAGGAAAAAAAAGCAUUACUGAAGAAUACACACAUCUUAGCAACGCUCUUAGCAAUUAGCCUCGCUUAAUAUGUGCAUGUACACGCUGCUUGCAUUUUAUCAACGAAGUAACUUUAACACACAUCCAAACGUCCCCUAAAGAAAUCAAUAGUUAUAAAGACGAAUGUUCUCCAAGGUACAAACGUAUAAAGCAAAAUUACAGUGAUGUGAGCUGUUAUCCAAUUGUAAAUGUAAACACACCGGGAGCGUAGGAAACAGAAACUAAGUCAGUGAUAGGUCUGAGUUGUGUGCUCACUCUGUUACAUUUCACACAGACAAUAUUACAAAGAUUGUUAAAGACAGAGAUUUGUCACUUUGACCCAUUUUCAAAACAUAAAACAUAUACAUUUUUAUCAUUAAUUCACUUGCUCUAUUGAUUUAACUUAUUAAUCAAACUUUUUCCCAUCAUGAACUUAAUAAUUUUCUUUGGCUAAAGGCGCCACAGAGCAUUAGUCAGUUCUCUCUAACUAACUUAAAUAGAAGUAGUUGCAGUUUUGCACAGCUAAUGUUUGAACAUAAGCAUGCAUGAUGGGAAAUAUGUGAUUUUAGUAACCUAAAUGAUUUGUUCUUUUCUUUCUUUGUACAAGGGAGGACCCUGCGUAUAUCUGUAUCGGUUUACAUCGGCAUUGGAAAUAAGGAGUUAGGCAAUAUCAAAUUUUUGUUUAAAAAGUCCCAUAUCGAGCAUAUUAAUAUAUCUAUAGCUGUGUGUGUGCAUGCAUGUGUGUGUUUAUGUUCAUAUAUGUUUGAAUAUCAUAGACUAUUAUGGUUUUUUAUUUUUUUUUUAUUUUAUUUUAUUUUUUUCAUUUUCUUUGCAGUGCACAGGCCAGUCAAGGAAGAUAAUUACACACAAUAAGUGUCUGGACAAGAAGAACCAUUUUAAAGCAGGCAUGUUCUGUUGAUGAAAGGAGAUCAUUUGAAGGAGAAAGGAGCUUGAUUGAAGAGCGAAGUUCAAAUGGUCCUCUUACACUAACUUCUAAUAUUGACAAUGCAAGAAAUGAAGACAGUUUUCCAGCCGCAGCAAAUAUUAAUGUCCCUCAAGAUUUGGACUGUCCAAAGAGUGACACAAUUCCAAGCUGUCCUGCCAGUACAAACACUAACAAAGUGACAAUAGAAGAAUAUGGAAAUAUACAAGAAAGUGACAGUGACAUAAUAAAUUCCAAAGAAAUAGCAUAUGAUACAACCAUCACACAGAUAAGUCAAGAGGAGGAAAACCAGCAGACAGCAGAAACAAAUAACUCUUUCAACGUUUAUUCAGCAUUAAGUGGAAAUAAAGAUGAGAUUGAACAAGAUCAAGAUGAUGGAACCGAACCAAAGAGCAUGGCUGCAAUACUUAAAUCUGCUAAACAAGCAAGUGACUUGAGUAAUGAGGGAGAAUGUGUAUUGUUUGAUAACUCAAAUACAGAUACUCAAAACACAGUUCAAGUUUCUUCUACGUCGAGCACUGAAGAGAUGGUUAAAAAUUCGCAUCACUGGAAGAAAACUACAGAGACCGGACAAGAAAUACCAUCAAGUUUAAAGACCUGUAAAAACAUUCUUGAGACCAAGCCCACCAAAGAAGAUAAAAACAUUAAGAAACCCUCCAUAAAGCACUUCUGUUUUUAUUGCAAAAUGGCCUUUAAUCAACUUGCUAAGCAUUUAGAGAAUGACCAUUCAGGAGAAAUUGACGUUGCCCACGCGAUACGUUUCCCCAAAGGUUCCAAAGUCAGACAGACGUUACUUGAUCAGAUUUGCAACAAAGGAGAUUAUGAACAUUAUUGCAAAGUUGUUAAAAGUGGUGAAGGAGAAAUUUUGGUGAAUGAGGCAAAGAAACAAAGCAUUUCUGUGUGUGAUUUCUUGCCUUGCAAGUAUUGUUUUGCAUUUUAUCGCAAAAUUGAUUUAUGGAGACACGAGCAGUCUUGUAAGGUUAGAAAGGAAGAUCAGAAAUGCUGUGAAAAGACAAAUGAAACCACGGCGGAUAGUUCCUCCUGUUUGCUUCCAGUGUCAGAGUUCUUGACGGGAAGCUGCAAAGAAAUCAUCAAUGUCAUGCAUCAAGAUGACAUUGCAAGACAUAUUGGUCUUGACCCACUUAUUUGUAAAUAUGGAACUGCAUUAUCUACUAAGUAUAACAAUGACCAGUCUCAGUUUGCUUACAUUGCACAAAAGAUGAGGGAGUUGGGUAGAUUUGUGCUUGCUGUUAAUGAGCUUGACAGGAGCGUGAAGUACUUGCAUGAAAUAUGUCUACCAUCCAAAUUUGAAUUGGCUAUUGAAGGAGUCAAAAAAGUGAGUGGGUUUGACCCCUGUUCUAGUAAGUUUAAAACCAUUUCCCUUGUCUCAAAGAUUGGCUACUCCUUGAAGCGUGCAGCAGAAAUAGCUUUUGGUGAAAGUCGCAUGAAAGAGGACAGUGAAACAGAGAGUGAAAUUAAACAAUUCAUACAUCUACUUGAUACAAAAUGGAGUAAAAGUUUUAGUCAUAAAGCACUUUCCAAUUCCUUUAAACAAGGGGUCAAAAAAGUGGAAGUAGACAAAUCAACUGUGACAGAAGAUUUGAUGAAACUCCACAGAUUUGUUACAGGGGAAGAGAAUGAAGCAAGGAAUGAACUGAAAGAAAGGCCCAGUUUGUCAACAUGGAAAAAGCUCAGCGAAGCUACUUUAGCAAAUGUGUGUCUCUUCAACAGGGGAAGAGUAGGAAAUAUUGGCAGACUUCUGUUGAAAACAUAUACUGAAAGAAAAAGUAGAGGAACAUUUAUACCUUCCUCAGAUCAAGUAAAGAAAAGCACAAAAUUAGAGUCUGAUCUUAGUUCUAGAUUUACAAUUCUUGAACUAGAAGGUCAGUAUGGACGGAAUAUGUUGGUUAUGCUAACGGCCAGGAUGGUUUCAUCAAUCGACUUGCUUGUUGAAAACCGAGAGCGAGCAGGGGUGUCUAAAACCAAUCCAUACCUGUUUGCAAGAACUGAAGGUCCAUCGUUCAUCAGAGGAUUGGAUUGUUUUCGGAGAUCUGCCGUGGAAUGUGGAGUAAAAAAUCCAGGAGCACUUCUAUCUUCAUCCUUAAGAGAACAAAUCGCAUGCUGUUGGCAGUUAAUGAGCCUUAGUGAACCUGAAUUAGAUCACAUGGCAAAUAUGUUGGGAUGGAGCAGCCUAAGUUACAAUCUUUCCCGAAAUGCAUUCCAGUUGGAGGAAGUGAGCAAACAGCUGUUGAAAAUGGAUCAAGCACUGCCACCAAGUUCACCAAACACUACUAAAGAUGGGACUCGACAAAAACCAGCUUUAAAAAGAAAACCCUGGAAUGAGAUGGAACAGUCUGCUGUGAAACGCUACUUGAGUGACUUUAUCACAAGGAUGAAAGUUCCAGGCAAAAAAGAAUGCAACGCUUGCAUAGCUGCUGAACCAGACCUUGGGGGAAGAUCUUGGACUGAUGUCAAAAACUAUGUACACAACACGUUACAAACAAUUCGUAGGAGAAAUAACCAGCAAACACCUGGUGGGAAUAAUAGUGUUUUGAGUUCAAAGAGUGUAAAAGCUUCAGUGUUAACCAAAAAUGCAGAAGGGGAAAACACAAGUGAUGUGAGUACUAUGGCAAUAGUGAAUCCGGAUCACCUGCUGGAAAGUUGUAUGAGCAUGCCAUCGCCAACCAAUAUGAACAGUUCAUCACCAUACCCUCAAGACAUGACUGCAAGUUAUUCGUGCUUGGGUUCCACAAGUAGAGAUGUUCUCUAUACAGGUCAACCACUGAUUUCUACCUUUUCACCACUGAAUGCUACUGAUACUCAAGUGGUUCCUACAUUUACUCCACACAACACUACAAAUACACUAAUUCCUCAUGUAUACACUUCAGAAAACAGCAAAAAUUUCUCAAUGUCAUCUUUGUAUACGCAGAAUGCCACAUGUAUAUUCCCCCCCUCUGUUUUUACCCCACAAGACACCACAAGUUCACCUAUGAUUCCUUCUUUUACUAAAUUUAAUGUUCCUUCUACUUCAAUGGUUCCUACAUACACACAAUUAAAUACUCCAAGUACACCAAUAGUUUCUGCAUUUUUAGCACUAAAUGACAGAAGUUUACCUAUCAUGUCUUCAUUCACACCUCUGAAUCAUUCAAAUGUUUCAGCCUUCCACACAAGCCCCCUUAAGGACCCUACAACUGCACAGGUUGUUCCCUCAGUUCAUGGACACAGUGUUACUGUAAAUGCACUGGUGGUGCAGGAAAGCACACCAGUGUCUUCUCCAGGUAAAAAAGCUGCUCAUGGUGAAAAACCUCAAAAAAGAACCAAGAGAUUGUGGACUGAGGAGGAACAGGCGGCAGUGAGACGUCAACUUGGAGAGUUUUGCAUGUUGGUGAAAGUGCCAGGAAAAAAGGAUUGUGACGCAUGCUUAGCUGCUGAGCCUGCCCUCAGCACCAGGACAUGGAGGGAAGUCAAAUACUUUGUACAUAACUCCAUUCAGUCACUUAAAAGAAGAGGCCAUGUAGUCGCCUCUAAAAAAAGUGGACCACAGGAACUGGAAACUCAGUCUUCCAGUGCAGAGUGGGAUGCUCCUGUGUACCUGUCACUGUAAUGAAUUAAAUUGGACUUGCACAAACGACUGAGCACGAAUGAAGGAAUGAUGCAUUUAAUAAGGGAUUUUAUGAAAACUGUCUUAGUUGCCUGUUGGGUUUCUCGUGUACAGACAACUCUGCCGUACUUUAAGUUAUAGACCUUUUUCAGUGUCCUCGUGUGUUUAAAAACAAAUCCAGUGGAUCAAGCUUUUUGUUGCAUGGAUGUACACCAAAUGAGUGAAAGAAAUUAUUUUUGUACUGACGUCUGGACUCAAUGGGAGCAGACUUGUUAAAUUUGGCUAGCUUGCACUGUUAAUCUUCCAGACCACUACAAAUAAUAAUCUGGUAAGUGUCAUAAAAAUAUCAUUAAUUUUAUUUCUGGAGUUAAACAGUACAUCUAUUUGUAUCCGUUACUUAUUAGUAGUCCAUUUAUAAUCACAGUUGAAGUCAUGACUACAGGGGUUUCCUGUCCUCUUCUUGUGAUGGGCUCUUACUCAACAUACACAACUGAAAAGUAAGCUUGACCAGUUGUACUGUAUUAUGGCUUUUACUAGUUGCGUGUUCUAUAGGUAGCUGUUAUAACUUUUUCCAUAUGUUUAAAUGUUGAAGUGUUGUGUGUUUACCUGUUACCAGAGGGUAGAAAAAUGUUUGCUUCCUCUAGGGUUCAUAAUACUAACCUGUCUGUGAUUAUCAUUGGUCCCUAUUUGUGUCAUUAAGCUUUUUGUAACACUAGACGCAGCCUGUAAAGGACACCGUUUGUUUCUGCGUACGAGUGGAGCUUGUUUGAGGUUACGUGUGUUCUUAUUUGAAUGACGUCAUUUAAAUUUUUAUGGUCCAGGUAUUUGUCAUCAAAGUUGAGUUGCUUUUUAAGUUUGUGUUUUCUGUAUAUAAAAAUAUUUUCCUUGCCAUCCAACGUGACCUAAGCAUAAAAUGUUAGUUUUCAUUUUAAUGUACAAACUUGUUACUAAACAUUGAUUCAAAGGUGUAAGCCGUGAUUAGGCACAACCUUUUGACCAAUGGUCAUUUCACCCAAACUAGUGACUGAUGUCUAAUUUAAUAAAUGUGCUUUUUUUAUUCAA